AUGGGGAGGGGCUUUCUCGGAUGCGUACAGGUUGAAGUGUGGGGUGAGACAGGGGGUUUGUCCUCGCCGAAGCUUUUCAACAUGUACGUAAACGAGCUGAUCGUUGGAGUCAGCAGUAAGCCUGUCGUAUGUCGUAUCGACGGCAUCAGUGUAAAUAACAUCAAUUAUGCCGACGAUAUGGUGCUGCUGGGUCCAACGGCGGGCUCAAUUGCGGAUCUCCUUCGGUUUUGUGAGCAAUAUACAAGUACUCACGGCCUUGUAUAUAAUUGUGUCAAGAGUGAGUCUAUGGUCUUUGGGAUCCCCGGUAGAGUGAUGUCUUAUGAACCUAAAAUUAAUCUAAAUGAGGUGGCGCUCAAGAGGGUAAGCAGAUUUAAAUAUCUAGGACAUUACUUGGCGGAGGAUCUUAGAGACCAAACUGACAUUGAUCGUGAACGUAGGGCGUUGGCAGCCAGAUGUAAUAUGUUGGCACAUAGAUUCGCCCGCUGUAGUGAGGAAGCCAAAAUAACUUUAUUCAAGGCGUAUUGUCAAUCCCUCUACACGAAUGGUCUAUGGGUUAACUAUAUGCAGAAGGCACUCGGCGCCCUGCGCGUUCAAUAUAAUAACGGUUUCAGGAUGCUGUUAGAUUGCGGUUGGAUGCCAGAUAAAUGA